GAGUGGGGGAUUUUUCUUUUGGGUAUGGAUAAUUGAAGGGCAAUGUUGGGAAGCGGGGGGGUUUCGGACGGGUACGAGGUCGGCUCAAAGAGACAAAGAAUGAUGGAAUCCACUCCCUACUUCGCAGUGAGCAGCAGUGCUGGUGGCUAUCAACCAUUCAAUUAUGGUGGAAGCCCUCAGCCCCCUCCCUUUCCUGUGGUCCGGCUCAGGGGCCUACCUUUCAACUGCACUGAUAUCGACAUCUUCAAAUUCUUUGCUGGACUGGACAUUGUGGAUGUGUUACUGGUCAACAAGAAUGGACGGUUCUCAGGAGAGGCCUUUGUUGUCUUUGCUGGGGCCAUGCAGGUUGAAUUUGCUUUGCAGAGAGAUCGACAAAAUAUGGGACGCAGGUAUGUGGAGGUUUUCAGGUGCAAGAGGCAGGACUAUUACAAUGCUGUGGCUGCAGAGGUGAAUUAUGAUGGAAUUUAUGACAAUGAUUAUCAUGGAAGUCCUCCACCAUCUAGAUCAAAGAGGUAUGACAAUGACAAGGAUCAAUUGGAGUACACUGAGAUUUUAAAGAUGCGUGGCCUACCCUUCUCUGUGAAGAAACCUGAUAUCAUUGAAUUCUUUGGAGAGUUCAAGCUUGUUGAAGAUAGGAUACACAUUGCAUGCCGCCCAGAUGGAAAAGCUACAGGGGAGGCUUUUGUGGAGUUUGAAUCUGCAGAGGAAGCUAAGAGAGCAAUGUGUAAGGACAAGAUGACAAUUGGAAAGAGAUAUAUAGAACUGUUUCCUUCAACCCCAGAUGAAGCUCGACGAGCUGAGUCAAGAUCAAGGCAGUGAAGUGGCAGUAUUGCAUAUUGCACUGGAUUCAAUUCUUCCUCCAGGUUCCUCAGUGGUGCUUUAGCUUCUCUCCAUGUUCUGUGGUGGCUCCAUUUUUCUCAAAUUAGGUUACAUGUCACUGGUAUAUUAGCAUUUUGUUAUGUUUUGACUGGCAUUUUAUUUUGUCAUUAUAUGGAGAUAUUAAGAACAUUGAGUUUAAUGCUAUGCAGAUGCUGAUUCCCAAAUUUAGGUUCAUACGUUCUUCUUUUUUUUUUUUCAGCAUUUGGAUGUCAAUGAUUGGCUAAGUCUAAAACUUGACUGUUUCCUCUAUUCUUCAUUUAUCAAGUACUUUGGUUAGUUUUUACUUGCCUUUUUCACUCGAUGAUGUUAUGGAGAU